CCCUGAGUGGUGAGCUUCAGGCUGAAAGACAUUUAGGAAUUGCUGCCCCUAAGGAGAACAGUCACCACACUCAUGGCAGGCAUUUUGUGCUCAAUAGUUCAGAGGCCCCCAGGCAGACUACAAAUGGUGAGAAAAGGUGUGGAGCCCCUUGUUUGUACAGAUUGGAUUCAUCACAAAUUUGCGAAGUCAAGAAUUCCAGAUAAAGUUUUCCAGCCUUCACCUGAAGAUCAUGAAAAAUACGGUGGGGAUCCACAGCAACCUCAUAAACUGCAUAUUGUUGCCAGAAUAAAAAGUACAAAAAGACGUCCAUAUUGGGAGAAAGAUAUAAUAAAGAUGCUUGGGUUACAAAAAGCACAUACUCCUCAAGUUCACAAGAAUACCCCUUCGGUGAAUGCAAAACUGAAAGUGGUUAAACAUUUGAUAAGAAUCAAGCCCCUGAAGCUGCCACAGGGUCUCCCAACAGAGGAGGAUAUGUCCAGCACGUGCCUCAGGAGCACUGGAGAGCUGGUGGUGGGGUGGCUUCAGAACCCCACAGAUCAGGAAGUGAAUAAGUCCUGAUGGCCUCCCAGCUUCAGCGUAAAAAGUAC